AUGUUUGGUGUUGUAAUGCUAUAUGUUCAUGGAGCAUCGGCAUCUGUUUAUAUAUCUACCACGAGUAGAGGAUAUACAAGCACAGAGACUGGUAACCCUUUCUUUGAGUGCUACAGAAGUCAUCCUUAUUUGACUGCUGCUGUGUCUAACGGGAGGUAUGUCUAUUUAUACAAUGAAGUGGACCCAUUAGCUACACCAGUUAAUCCAGCUAAUGCUGAUCCGCCAGAGAGUGUCCCCUUCACUGCUGGUGAUCCACAAGUUCAAGCCUACAGAAUAAAUCUUGUGACAGCCGAACACAGGUCGUAUGGUGCCUUCUACUGUGCUUCAUCCCUGGAUGGAGAACGCUCUGUUGUACCGACACUCUUCUUGAGAUCUGACGCUAAGUUUGAGCCCACAAAUGGCAGAUUUUCAAAGACUGUCAACAAGGGGGAUGUGAACGUUACGGUUGAUUUUACUGAGGUUACUCCUAGUGGGACGGCAAAGUACUGGAGGUUUAAUGGUACAACUGAUAUGACUCUAACUAUUUUUUCUGGCACGAUCUUUGAGGGAUUGACUGUCUACACAAUCAUAGGAGAGGUAGACACCUCAAAUGGUGGUGUUUAUGAGCUUCAUUUGGCCGGUGAGAGGGGACAGGCAAGAGCUGGACUUCUUAGACUGAUCGUAAGAGCAUGUCCUGCUGGUCGCUAUGAUGAAUCUAGUGGAUGUACCCAGAUAUGUCCAUCAUGUUACAAUGGAGGAGUCUGUCAUGAUCAAACAGGGAUAUGCAUCUGUCCUCCAGGAUUCCAGGGAGAUGGAUGUGAAAUGGCAUGCGGUAGAAAUCGCUAUGGUCGUAACUGCGAGUACAGAUGCGACUACGAGAUUCCAGAUGAUAGCACAGCGUGUAGUGGACUUCAGGUUUGUGUGCCCGAUCCCUAUGGAUGUUCAUGUACACCAGGAUACAAAGGAUUGGACUGUACUACAGAAUGUGAUCAAGGUGAGUUUGGAGCUAGUUGUACGGAGACAUGUCACUGUGUAUCAGGAGAGUGUGAUGGAUUUACUGGAGUCUGUACAGGAAGAUCUACUGAAUGUGAACCAGGAUGGACAGGGACCAACUGCCAAGCUUUCACGGUUAUAUAUGUAAAGACCAACAAGGGACAGACGAACAAUUUUGUCUGUCGCCUGGAAGGUGGAAAUCUCAUCUCCACGGCUGAACCAGUGGUCAAUCUCUACAGGAAAUUCGGCAGCGGAAAUUAUACACAAGAAAACAUAAUACACAAUGGAAAUGGAUUCCCCCAGAAUGAAAAGUUUCUAUUUCUCGUGUUUGAUGUGAAAGUUGGAGAAUUGUUUGUCUGCUCUCUCUCUGAUGUGAACAUCUUCUUUAGUGACACUGUCACUGGUGAUGGGGAAUUUACCCAGCCAGAACUCCCUAGUGCACCCGUCGUGAUCGGAGCAACCAAUGAUUCAGUCACUCUGAUGUGGGAUGCCUGGGAUGCAUCGACAUAUAUAGGUGAUCCUCCUCUCAUCGGGUACCGUGUCUACUACAUGUUGAACAACUCACGAGAAGAAGAUCAAGAGGUUAGGAGGUCUGACCGUCUAGCACCAUCUGAAACAGUGACCGGUCUAAGUCCAGAUACGGCCUACGUGUUUGGUGUAGCAGCAUUUAGACCUGGACCAGGAGGCCAGGGACGCCGAUUGGAGGUAGUAGGAACCACCCAAUGCUCACCUCCUAGUCGAGGACCGUCAUCCGUUUACGUCACUAAGGGGACUAGACCUGGAGAAAUAUGGGUAUCUUGGGAGAAUCCACCACCCAAUACUUCUAACUGUGCCAGUGGAGUGGGAGGAAUCCGCAUCUACCUCACCCGGUCUGACAUCCAGUCUGGGAUCUCAAAGGGGACGGCUGACCCCAUUGAGAACUCCGUUGAUAUUCCGUUUGACUCCUACACCCAGACCCUUGAACCGUACUCCCAGUAUCUCAUCCAGGUUGUAGUCUACAAUAAAGACUCUGAGACGCCAAGAGGAAAGGGCUUUACACAGAUAACAGAGGAAAUGCGUAAGAGGAAAAACUGCUAUUGCAUAAACUCGAAGGGGAAACUUGAGCUUGAGUGUUUGUGA